CUGAAGGCUGUCAUCCAGCUCCUACAGCAAGGGAUCCAAACUACUGAAGUCCUACUGAGAUGGGAAAAAUCAUCGUUUACGAGCAUGCCAACUUCCAGGGCUACAGCAAAGAAUUCACCAGGGACAUUGCCAAUCUCAAAGAUGUAGAUUGGAAUGAUUGUGUCUCCUCAGUGAAAGUAAUUGGCCAGCCUUGGGUGGCUUAUGAGCACAUCAACUAUACAGGCCGGUUCCUGGUACUUGAGGAGGGAGAACACAGCUUUGUUGGUAAGGAGAUGAACGAUAAGAUCUCUUCCCUGCAGCUGAUCACUGAAGAUCUGCACCAUCCCCAGAUCACUCUCUACGAACAUAUCAACUAUCAAGGGAAGAGCAGGGUGAUCAAAGAACCAACCAACCUGGCUAGGGGACAUGACAACGACAUCGUAUCUUCUCACAAAGUCCAGAGAGGUGCCUGGCUGCUGUGCGAACACAGUGAUGGAAGUGGCCUUCGUUACAUUGCGCGAGAACACGAAGUCUUCCCGAAUUACAAGGCCAUCAACUUCAAUGACAAGCUUUCCUUUCUGCGUCCCCUCCGCCCCGGCAAGGGAUGUGGCUGCUAGGCUGCAGACCCUGUGGCGCUGAGGGAAGAUGCAGCCCCAGCAAGAAAAUUCCAGCCCUAGAUCUCUCUCGAUUCAGCCGGUGCUCGUAUCGCUCUUCUCAGAGACAGCGCGUGAGAGAGCUCUCUCCUGGGCUGCCCUGCAGAUCUGGAUUUCCCACACCCUGCUUUGCGCUCUUCUCCCUUCCCGUACAUCCCCACCAAUGCAAGAAAUGAUGGCCUUUGGUCAAAUGAAAGAGAUUCCAAGGCAAGAGACAUGCCAGGGGUGUGUAACCUGCCGCCCCUGUGCCUGGCAUUCCCAUACCCUGCGCUGUCUCAUGGAAAAGCAUCGCGUGUUGCUUCUGCUGCUAGAUGCCUAAACAAAACGUUAGUAUAUAACCAGUAUCACUUACUUUGUCAUUUGUAAUUCUUUUUACAAUGCACUUCCUUUACCAUGGCCUCUGCCGCUUUUUUUUCUGUAUCCCACUUUGUGCUUUUGCCAUUAAAGAAGAUCUUGAAAGCAACAA